AUGCACCAACUAACAGCAGUAGAAGAAUCAACAAUCGAGGACUUCUACAUGGUUUUACAACAAAUACUCGACGACGUUCCAAAGAAAGAUGCCAUCCUAAUAAUUGGUGAUUGGAAUGCAAAGGUUGGCAAAACAGCAGUACCUGGUAUAGUUGGAAAAUUUGGAUUGGGAAAACGCAAUGAAGCAGGUGAGGGAGUGAUUGAUUUCUGCCAAGAUAAUCAUAUGAUCAUCACCAAUACAUGUUUUCAACAACCGAAACGACGACUAUACACAUGGACUAAACCCCCCCUCU